AGUUUAGGGCGGCCGAGAGGAAAAUACCGAUUUUUAUCUCAAAUGUAAACAAAGAUUGCCUUGAAUCCGAUAUUAUAAACUAUGUCAAGGACAAAACACAGGAAAACAUAAUAUUAGAAAAACUAAAUAUCCAAAAAAAAUCCCAUAAUGCAUUCAAGUUUUUCGUAUUGGAAAGUAAAGAGUCACUUUUCCUGGAUGCUAAAAUAUGGCCUACGGGCAUAGUAUUUAAGAGAUUUGUGCAUUUUAGGCAAAGCACGGCGAACAGAAAGACAUCUGUUGACGGCACACAUAAUAGCAUUCAUAAUGGAAAAAACAAAUAACCAAAAAUGUAUAAAUAGUGCCAAUGGAUUGGUACAGUUAGUAAGCUUUAAUUGUAAGAACGUAAAGCGGUCAGUGGAUUCUAUACGGCAAUUAUGUCAGUCUUCGGAUGUCAUUGCCUUGCAAGAAACCUGGUUGCGGCCUGACGAUAUACAUUACUUAGCUGAGAUAGACACAAGGUUUGGAUAUACUGGAACCUCAGCGAUGGACACCACGGUUGGCAUGAUUCGUGGAAGACCGUAUGGCGGUGUCGCGCUGAUGUGGAAUAAGAGUGUGUUUCCCAACGUUUCUAUUGUGCAGUGUGAUAACGCGCGCGUAAGUGCCAUAAAAAUUAACCUCCCUCGAGAAUCGUUACUUGUGUUCAGUGUUUACAUGCCUACGGAUAAAAUUAUGAACUUAGUGGAAUUUACGGAUUGCCUUAGCCUGGUGAGUGCUACUAUUAUUAAUGAGGAUGUCCGUUUAGCAUAUAUAUUAGGAGACUUUAACGCUCAUCCGGGCGAAUUAUUUUAUAACGAAAUGAUAAAUUUUUGUUCCGAACAAAAGUGGACUUGUGCUGACAUUGAAACGUUAGGAUUGAGAUCAAAUACCUACAGUUUUAUCAGCGAGGCUAACGGGUCUAGGCGGUGGCUAGACCACAUUUUGACGACGGAAUCUGCCACGAAAACAAUUGUAAAUGUUAGCUUUAAUUAUGAUGUAAUAUGGUCAGACCACUAUCCUCUCUGUAUUAAAUGUAACUUUGGUAAUAUUGGGUCCGAGUUAUUAUACGAAAUAAAGCCUGUGACUAACAAGAUUAUUUGGGGGGAAAGAAAACCCGAACAAGUAGAUCUGUAUAACAAAAUUUGUAAUGAGCGGCUUGGCCGAAUUAAUUAUUCUAAUGACUUUAAAUCUUGCGGUGACCGUUGUUGUGAUGACGACACACACAAAAAACUUAUAGAUGCAUUAUAUGUUAAUAUAAUAGAGGUUUUGAGCGAUGCGGCCACUAGUUGUUAUUCUUUGAAACGUGCCUUUAAAAAGAAACCAGUAGUCAUUGGAUGGAACAAAUAUGUCCGUGCGGCGCAUUUGGAGGCUAGGGAAAAAUUUAAGUUAUGGAUUUUGUAUGGAAAACCUAAAGCCGGACGUGUUUAUGAUGACAUGCAAAGUAGUCGUAAUGUUUUUAAACAGCGCUUGAAGUGGUGUCAAAAUCACAGCGAACAAAUAAAAAUGGACAUCUUGGCAAGUCAUCAUAGAAAUCAAGACUUUCGUAGCUUUUGGAAAUCAACUAAGAGGCUGAAUGGCAAACCUAGUCUUCCGGCAAGUAUUAAUGGCAUUAGCGAUCAUAACAGUAUAGCCAGCAUAUUUAAAUCUCAUUUUACUGUAUCGUCACCUUUGGUGGCAUCGCCGUCAGAAGAUGAUGAAUGGCCGCGAGGACAGGAAAUUAUAGCUAGAUUUGAUGCGAAAGACGUACAUGCAGUAAUUCAAUCAAUGGCUCGGGGAAAAUCUCCUGGACACGACGGCCUAAGCAUAGAACACCUUAAGUAUGCUGGCUCUCACUUGCCUAGAGUACUGGCCUUAUUAUUUAACCUUUGCAUGAGUCAUUCUUACUUGCCGGAUGCUCUAAUGAAAACUGUAGUUGUGCCAAUAGUUAAAAACAAAAAUGCUGAUAUAAGUGAUAAAAACAACUAUAGGCCGAUUUCAUUGGCAACCGUGAUCUCUAAGGUGCUUGACAGUCUGCUCAGCACUCAGCUUGACAAGUACCUAAAUCUACAUCACAACCAAUUCGGUUUCAGACCGGGCCUGUCAACCGACACGGCUAUCUUGAGUUUAAAGCAGACAGUCAGGUACUAUACGGGUCGAAGCACGGCCGUGUAUGCGUGUUUUCUUGACCUCUCUAAAGCGUUCGACCUGGUUAAUUAUGAUGUAUUAUGGCAGAAACUAAAAAACAUCAAUAUGCCUACUGAGCUUUACUGCCUUUUUAAGUUCUGGUAUAUUAACCAGGUCAACGUGGUGAGAUGGUCAAACGCAUAUUCGGAUCCAUACAGGUUGGAGUGCGGGGUGAGGCAAGGGGGUAUCUCCUCACCCAAGCUCUUCAACCUGUAUGUAAAUGCAUUAAUAGAGGAGCUCAGCAGCACUCAUGUCGGCUGCCACAUUGAUGACGUAUGUCUCAACAACUUAAGCUACGCUGACGACAUGGUGCUGUUGAGUGCCUCUCCGUGUGGCCUUGGGCAGUUGCUUGGCAUAUUACAACAAUGCCUUCAGGAUGAUGAUGGGGCUGUCUCGCUACUGCAGCGCAUCGGGGAUGUUUGCUGA